AUGUGGUGUCAGACCAAUGAGAAAGACUGUUUGAUUUAUGAUGCCGCCAUGGUCUGCAAAUAUCUGUCUUAUCACCACCACAUAGACAUAGCAAAGACUCAGUUGAACAUUGAUAGAUCGGCUAUUGCCAGUGUAUUUAAGGUUAUCCAUUCCAAUAGCCUACCACUAGCUAAUCAUUAUCUGAUCCAAGUCUUCUUCAAAGCAUUGCGUAAUAACUCUCAGUAUCCUGCUCGUCCAAGCACACCAGUAUGGGAUCCAGAGAAAGUGUUAGCCAAGAUACUCGAUUGGGGACCAACAGGCGACCUGUCCAUGACAGAGCAUAUGCGAAGCUCUAUGCCCAUCGACCAUACCCUGUUUCUGGGUUUUGUGGAGGGGUCACAACCCCAUAGCAUUCGACCUUCGACUAUGAGUACUUGGAUUAAAACCACGUUGAGUGAAUGUGGAGUCAAUACAACGAUCCAUAAAGCUACAUUGGCAAGAAGACGAGGAGUACCAGUUGCUGCGAGCAAGAGACAUGCGAACUGGAGUGCAAACAGCCAGGUAUUUGAACGAUACUAUUGGCGACCAGAAAGAGCAGAGGCUGCUCAGAUCCAUGAAACAAUUUUCCUGCCAACGGAAAACGAACCUCAUUGGAGGGACAGAGUCUCCGAUGGACAAUCAAGAUUGUCUGAUACUCCGUAG